GUGAAAUGGAAAACGAAGACAUACAAUGGUAUAAUUAUGUAAACCAAGUGCAUCAUAGAAAAGUGUUACUUGUCUAUUUGGCCACUUUACACAAAAAGAACAAAAACGACAGAUCAAAACCCAGAUGGCAUGUUAAACCAUUUCUAAAAGAAAGGAGAGUGCAUGGGCAUUGGCAUUGUUUGACAAGUGAACUGCAAUUAACAAAUUCAGAACUCUACCAAAACUUUCUACGAAUGUCUGCUAGUACAUUUGAGGAACUGGUAUGCUUAGUUGGACCCAAAAUAAUGAGAUUUCCAACUCGGCCUGAUAUAUUAUCAGUUGGAGAAGUCCUAACGGCAACUUUGCGGUAUCUUGCCUCUGGUGAAUCAAUGAUGUCAAUAAUGUACUCAUUUCGUAUAGGGAAGGCUACUGUAUCUAAACUUAUUUUCCAAUGCUGUGAAGUUUUAUGGGAUACUCUAAAUACAAAUGUAUGUAAUGUUUGUAGGAUUCUGAGUAAACUAACAUUAGAAUAUAAUUAAGACAAAUUGUAUAUUAGGUAUAUAACUUAUAAGCUAU